CGCAUUAAGCGAGCUGGAAGGAGGGGUGUGGAGUUCGGGAUUCAUAAACCCGUAGAAUGCUGAAGAGAAGAAGAAAAAGACCGAAUUCUUCGACCGCGACAUCUUACUUGCCGUCUCGGCGUUCGGGGUUAGGGUUAGGGUUAGUGUUCGGGGUUUCCGGAACCACAAUCUCCUCGUCUUCUCUUCCGAGUUCGGAGUUUUCUUGAUUCUGGGAGUUAAUUUGAGUUUGGGAUGCUUCGUCGGGGGGGCGAGCUGGUAGGAUACUUUGAUUUGAGGGCGUUCCUUGAUGUGUGUUGAGUUUGAGGAUUUGGAGGGUUCGGCGACGGAAAACCCGGGAUUUUCGGAGGUUUUCUUUUUCUUUGUUUGGAAGGUUUCGGAGGCUAUCCAGGCAAGAAAAAAAAUCUAGGAUGUUUUGUUGCUUUUAUGGGACGGCGCUUUUGGUCUUCGAUUUGGAUGCCCGGGAGCGGUUUUAGUAAGCAGGGAUCCUCAUGGAUUACUGCUAUUCCUGUUCAAAGGGAUUUCUCUAGUAUUCCCAUCGGUAAUUAGUAGACUGUUUUGAAGGAAUAAAUCAGGAAUUUUUUGGAAGGAUUUUUUUUUACCUUUCUUCAAGGUUUUCUAGGGUUUUUCACCCUAUGGUUUAUGGGUUCCAGGAGUUAGCUACUGUACAAGGUGGCUGGAUCCCUUUUUCUCUGUCGUUUUCUUUCAAAAGGAACAGUACAUUCACGGGAACAGUGCUUCGAUGCCCGUCUACUCUCUCAUGGCCUUCCCCACUUCUUAACUCUUGGAAAAAGAGGAGCAUUCCUUCAAGCAGCAGCAAAAGCAAGGAUUUUGGUCGCAUCCGGAGUUUAUUUCUCCAAGGACUCGGAAUUGGAGGUUUGGAAGAGAUGGUUUCUGAUGCAGGCUCAAAAAAAGGAGGGUCUUUUUACGGAUCUUUGAUGGCUAUGUUGUGAACGCUCGAGAAAUUUGAUUACCAUAAAAAUGCUUAAAAAGCAAAAGGGACAGGAAGAAGAAAUAGUGUGGAAAAAGGGGUAAGAUUAUUGGGUUGUCUGGAGUUCUGGUUAAAAGAGUCUUUUCCUUCUUGAUUGUUUCAAUACAGUGAUAACAACAGUAGGUUCUGAUGGCUGUUAUUUACGUUAGCCUGGCGGGCUCAGUGUCGUCUUGAUGGGGAGCUUUAUUUUGUCACGCACUUCGACUUUCUUCUGCUUCUCUGUUUUUUGUUUUGUUGUUGCUUAUAAUAGGAGGCCUGUCCCUGUGAGUUGGUUAUGAAGGCAAAAGUCUAGAUUGGUGGGUUUACGUUCGAAUUGUGAGGGGAAGAGAUGAGUUCUAGCCUACUACAGAAGCGAGGGAAGAGUGUUAAGGGCCUUGAUGCUAGCGAGAAGAUUGUGGUAGCUGUCAAGGCUUUGAAGGAAAUCUCAAAGACCGCCCUGGAAUGGGCUUUAACCCAUGUCGUUCAACCUGGUGACUGUAUCACACUUCUGGUUGUGGUUCCACCACACAGUUCAGGUAGAAAACUGUGGGGGUUUCCAAGAUUUGCAGGGGACUGUGCCAGUGGUCAUAGGAAGUCACAUUUUGGAACUACAUUAGAGCAGAAGUCUGAUAUUACGGAUACAUGUACUCAGAUGAUGCUUCAGCUUCAUGAUGUUUAUGAUCCAAAUAAGAUAAAUAUCAAGGUAAAGGUCGUUUCUGGGUCACCUUGUGGUGUUGUGGCUGAUGAAUGCAAGCGAGCUCAAGCAAACUGGGUUGUAUUGGACAAACAACUGAAGCAUGAGGAGAAGUGCUGCAUGGAAGAGCUACAAUGUAACAUAGUGGUCAUGAAACGUUCUCAACCAAAAGUUCUUCGUUUGAAUCUCACAGGAUCUUCUGAGGCAGAGCCACAAGUGUCCCGUCCACUGCCUUCUGAGUUGGAUAAAUCAUCCAGAGAAACUACAAAGGAUACAAGGGAUCCUCGGAAUUCCAUUAGAGGGCCAACUGUGACACCAACUAGCAGCCCUGAAGUGGAGACACCAUUUACUGCUACUGAAGCUGGAACAUCUUCAGUGUCAAGCUCCGAUCCUGGAACUUCACCAUUUUGUGUUCCUGAAACUAAUGGUGGUCUUAAGCGGGAGGAACAGCUAACUGCAAAAGAAAUCCAGAAUUUAAAUGUAACCAGCUCUGACUCUGACAGUGGAAGUUUGUCUCCUUCAACAUCCUUAGAUUUUCAGCCCUGGAUGGCUGAGAUUCUCUGUUGCACAUCUUCAAAACAAGUUGAGGAAUUGUCACAACAACUUGAUAGUAAAGCCCGUAUCUCCAAAGCAAAAGCAUUGUUGGAAAAAUUCUCUAAUCUUGAUCAGGAAGAUGGAAUUGGUAAUUUGAACUCCAGAUCAAAAUUAAAGUUCAAUGGAAAUGUCAGAGAAGCAAUUUCACUAUCUAGAAGUGUACCUCUAGAGCCACCUCCUUUAUGUUCAAUAUGUCAGCACAAGGCACCUGUGUUUGGAAAGCCUCCUAGGUGGUUUAGUUAUUCUGAACUAGAACUUGCUACAGGUGGGUUCUCUCAAGCAAACUUCCUGGCUGAGGGUGGCUUUGGGUCUGUUCACAGAGGGGUCCUGCCAGAUGGUCAGGCAAUUGCUGUUAAACAGCACAAAUUAGCUAGUUCACAGGGCGAUCAGGAGUUCUGCUCAGAGGUGGAAGUCCUAAGCUGCGCACAGCAUCGUAAUGUAGUGAUGCUAAUUGGGUUUUGUGUUGAGGACAGGAGAAGGUUGCUUGUUUAUGAAUAUAUCUGCAAUGGGUCAUUGGAUUCCCAUCUUUAUGGCCGUAAUAGACAGACAUUGGAGUGGUCUGCUAGGCAAAAGAUUGCAGUGGGAGCAGCACGAGGGUUGAGAUACCUUCAUGAAGAGUGCAGAGUUGGUUGCAUUGUCCACCGGGACAUGAGACCUAAUAACAUUCUUAUUACCCAUGAUUUUGAACCACUGGUUGGAGAUUUUGGCCUAGCAAGAUGGCAGCCUGAUGGGGACCAAGGUGUGGAAACAAGAGUGAUCGGCACCUUUGGGUAUCUGGCACCUGAGUACGCACAAAGCGGCCAAAUUACAGAAAAAGCUGAUGUGUAUUCCUUUGGAGUGGUGCUGGUGGAACUUGUCACUGGACGAAAAGCUGUCGAUAUUAACCGGCCGAAGGGUCAGCAGUGCCUUACUGAAUGGGCUCGACCUUUGCUAGAAGAGUAUGCAAUUGAAGAGCUCAUAGAUCCACGUUUGGGGAACCGUUACUCGGAGCACGAAGUCUACUGCAUGUUGCAUGCAGCAUCGUUAUGCAUCAGGCGUGAUCCUCAUGCAAGGCCCCGUAUGUCGCAGGUAAGUCUGAAUUAUAUUCACAAAAUCAAGAUCUGCAAAAAGGGACAGUAGACGAUUUUUCUGAUCCUCAAAUGAUUUCUGGUUAUCAUGUUAAAAAA